AUGGGAUGGUUGCUGCUCGUUUGCAGUAUUCUGCACACAACUUCAAGCGCGUUGGGUCUAAUCACCAAUGGCCUGCUAAUAUUUCUGGUCUUGACGAAAACUCCAAAACGACUCGCAACUUAUUCAAUUCUUAUUCUCAACUUUGCCAUCUGUGACUUUCUCACAUGCGCUUCUGCAUUUUUCGUGCAGCAAAGGCUCAUCCCUGGAGGUGAAGCGUUGUUUUAUUUUUCGCAUGGGCCGUGUAAGCUUAUCGGACCCACUGUAUGCUAUGUGGGAUACAGUUUCAUGUUGCACGGCUAUGCUCACUGGUUAUGGAGUUUACUGUUUUCAUUUUUAUAUCGCUACUACAUAUUAGGGCAUUCCGCUCCAAAAUCUAGCCGUGUUGCAUUUAUUAUUAUGCUACUUUAUGUGCCUUCUUUCAUCCAAUUUGUGGGUUCCACUCAUGUGACCUUCUGUUUCGCUAGCGACAAUGUGGUCGAAGUGAAAUUGUUGCUAGCAAAGAAGUUCAACUAUAAUAUGGAGUCGGAGUGCGUGAGCGGUCAUUUGAGUAUUUUCAACUGGAAAGCGAUGCUGACAAUUCUCCUCAUGACAUUACCAGUGGCUCCAGUGUACACUGCCAUUCUCAUUCUUAGAAAAUUGACGAUUAUGAAGCUACGCACAGAGAGGGCAUUGUCGGAAACCAGCAAACACCUUCACGAACAACUUCUCAAG